GCAACAGAGACAUGUUUACCUGCAAAAACAUCCACAACACAGGGAGGUGAACAACCUGAAGUUACAGGUACGUCUGGGGAGUAAGGAAGGCUUUCCUCUGCUCUUCUUUUUCUGAGUUACAGCAGUGUGCACAUGCCCAGAGGAAUUUUGCAAUCCAUCACUGUUGUCACUGAAGGUUUCCAUUACAGAAGUCACAGAUGGCUGAGCAGGGGAAGAUGGUCAUGUCGGCUGUUGGAGUUGCAACAGGCAGCGGGGGACAACUGACCGGCAACACAGUCAAACUCCACAAGGCCUCUUAUGACCCAGGUAACUUCACUUCUUAUCUCGGACAUCCCAGUGGGACAGGCUUCACAUCAAACCAGAGAUUAGCCAUACAUUACAAGCCCAGUUUGGACCGCAUUGACAACCCUCAGUUUGGACUCCUGUUAUCUGACAAUUACAUGACUCAAACUAAACGACAUUACCAGCCUCACAUCCGAUCUGAUUGUCCUCCGCUGAACAUCGUUAACAAACCCAGAGAGAGCGGUUUUCAUCAGCUGAGGAGUCAUCCGAAAGCAGUGACUGAGGAAGAGAAGACAGAAUACCAAAGACUGUGUAUGCCACAUCAUCUCAAGUCAACAGUUUCCCAUAACCAUGUGACCAUCGGUCCAAAAAGAGAAAGUGGUUUCACUGAGGGGACAGACCUUCAACCAUGCACAUUUGAGGAGAGAAAAAGCUGCACGGGUGAACCCCUCCGGACUCACAGCUCAGUGAUGAAAGGCGACUUCAUGCCGCCGUCGUUUCUGCAGGGCACUGAGGCAAGGCCGAACCUCUGCAGCCAUUCUUCCCGAGAAACAGGAUUCACUCGAGGUGCCAUUGCUCUCUUGGCCUGCCCAACCUUCCUGGCGCCGUCACCUCGAACUAAAACGAAUGCGCCAACUGAAAAGGCCAUUGGUAAAAAGGAGUCCACAGGGUUUCUUCUCAACGCUUCAAACAACCAAGCUUUGCCUAACACACCCUUUGACUGUUCACACUUUACUACGCAAUAUAAGAGCAUGUUCUGUCACCGUGCUGAUUAUGACAAGCUGAAAAACAGUUGUGCAGUCACAAAAAUGGACAGUGGCUACAAUCGUCGAGACACGGACAGGUUCAUCCUCAGGAGCUAGACCUGUGACAGCGCCUGCAUGACAACCACAAAAAUACAAUUUGGGGUUUCUUGUUAAGUCAUUACUCUCUUUACUUUACAGAGUCAUUUGUGCAGAAAUAAAAACUGUGGAUGUCUGA